AUGAUUCCAAAAAGAACUGCCUCCGAAAUGAUGGAAAGCUCUGGAAAGGCCGAGGGUGGUCCACUCAAGAGAAUGAAAGAGAUGCUCAAAGAGAAUGCAGAGAAAGUCACUUUCAGCAAUAAUGAAACUAGAGAGUUUGGGUCCUUGAUUCGCCACAAUAGUAUAAUCAUUGCACGUCAUGAAAGGGAUACCAGAUUUUGGAAACAGCGCAUCGAAAUUGCUCAGAAAGCUGUAGGAGAACUUGAGCAAACAAAUAAAGAGUACCAGGAAGAUAUCGAGAAGAAUAGACAGGAAAUUGCGGAAGGAAUUGAUUCUGGCAAUUUAAAAGCAAGGGAGGCUCGUGAAGAGAAGUUGCAGAGAGCUGCGCAGAAAUACUUGACGAAAUUUCUGGAAGGAGAGUUAGAGAAGGCGGGUUUGUCGCUAGAGAAGGAGAGCGAGGAAGAUCAGGGUGAGAAGAUUGGGGGUGAUGGAGAAGAGAAGAUGGUCGAAAAUGAGAUUUAG